UCUAACUACCACAAAUGAUAAAGAUGAAUUAUAUGACAAUUUUGGUAUAUAUGGAAGAGAAAAAUAGUGUGUGGAUCGGCGUGGUGUUAUGGUAGCGGCGGCGCCCUGUGUCUUCCUUCAGCAAGUCCAAAACAACAGGACCACAAUGGCCAAGAGGACCAAGAAGGUGGGGAUUGUCGGCAAGUACGGCACCCGCUAUGGCGCUUCGCUGCGUAAGAUGAUCAAGAAGAUGGAAAUCACACAGCACAAGAGGCACAUUUGCACCUUCUGCGGCAAGGAGGCAAUGCGACGUGUGGUGACUGGCAUCUGGUCCUGCAAGCCCUGCCGCCGCACUGUGGCUGGCGGCGCCUACACCUACUCUACUGUCGCUGCCGCUGGUGUGAGGUCGUUCAUCAGGAGGAACAAGGACCUGAAAGAGAAGGAGGCUGCGUAAAUAAAGGAUAUUGAAGGAU